GGCCUGUUAAUAUUUUCAUUUCCUUUCUCCCUACCGUGUUGUCUCUGUUAUAUAUGAUUAGGGGUUCCUUUCCACAAUGAAAGGCUUUUCUAUUGGAACCAUUUGUUUCCCUCGAGACAUGACGCAUCUCCUAUUUUGUAUUUCUUAGGCUUUCAAGAAAUGUUGCUUAUUCUGUUGAUUGAUUUUCUGCCGUUUUACAGGAUGGAAAAAAGGAGCCCAGUUCAUGUACCUGUUUGAAGGGGCCCAAACUGUCAGAAAUCGGGACAAUUGCCUGGAUGAUUACACUCAGUGAUGCUCUCCACAAUUUCAUCGACGGCCUGGCGAUUGGGGCUUCCUGCACCUUGUCCCUUCUCCAGGGACUCAGCACUUCCAUAGCAAUCCUGUGCGAGGAGUUUCCUCAUGAGCUAGGGGACUUUGUGAUCCUACUCAAUGCAGGAAUGAGCACGCGACAGGCCUUGUUAUUCAAUUUCCUUUCUGCGUGCUCCUGCUAUGUUGGGCUAGCUUUUGGCAUUUUGGUCGGCAACAAUUUUGCUCCCAAUAUUAUAUUUGCACUUGCUGGAGGCAUGUUCCUCUAUAUUUCUCUGGCAGAUAUGUUUCCAGAGAUGAACGAUAUGCUGAGAGAAAAGGUGACUGGAAGAAAAACCGAUUUCACCUUCUUCAUGAUUCAGAAUGCUGGAAUGUUGACUGGAUUCACAGCCAUUCUGCUCAUUACUUUGUAUGCAGGAGAAAUUGAAUUGGAGUAAUCGGAAAUGAAAGCUGAUGUUGUUAAUGAAGACAUUUAAUAAAUAAAAACAUCUCCAAAAGGAUUUCAAGCUAAUCCUGUUUAGUUAAAAGAUAAUUUUGUUUUCAACUGUAGGUCAAGAAAACUGAUUAUUAUUUUCAGAUCUGUGGAAGAAGCCAUUGUUUGUUGUUAAUAAUGCUUCAAAAUGUUUCAGUUCUAGCCUGAAAAGCUUCCUAUAUGAGAGCUUUGGUAAACACCCUCUUUUUUCAUGUUUCACGCAUACUAGAAAAUCAUCACAAAGAAAGAAACAUGCAUUCUAUAAUCAUUUAGACACCAAGAACGAGAGAAAAAUACAAGCUGGGUUCUAUAAAUUUCUAAACCUCUAUGGUAGGAUCAAAAGUUCAAGUAGUUUCAGAGUGCUUUUCUUUCAAUUAAUUUGUUCUAGUGUUUUCACGAGCAAGUCCAUCAAAAUGCCGAAGAGAAUCAAAAGGUAUAUUACACAGAUAUUAAUGAUUCCAAGGCCUUAAUGAACUUAAGAAAGAAAGAUUGCUGACAGCUUUUGCUGUUUCAUAUUUCAGUUAGGCACUUAUAGGAUUGCUUUGAAAACCAUCCAAUAUGAAUUAUGAAAUCAAUAAAGUUCUGCUAGCUCUAAGUUUAGACUUUGUCUGAUACUCUAAAGUGUAAACCCUACCAGAUUCCAUAAAAAGUCAGUAUUGCUUUGUAUGACUUAUGUUGUGGUUACAUCGAACAAAUGGCAGAACAGUAUGUAAAGCUGGUGACAACUCAUUUUCUAUGUACAAUGUGUUUGCUUUGUGAAGGUAAAGAAUAUGUUGGUUUGUAGAAAGAAAUUGAAUAUAAUUUUAAGCAAUUUUCUUUUAACGAUGAACACAAAUUUUUAGCAAAGGAUAUUUUAAAUAAAUGCAAAACAACAGCUGGACUGCUAAAUGUCAAGGACUGAUUAUGCGUUCCUUAUGGGAUUGCGAGUCAUUCAGAAAAGACUUCUUUUGUGUUAGGUCUACAUGUUUCCCUACAUGGUAUACUUUGGAAAAAAUUUCUGCACAUCAUGGUUAUUUUUCUACGUUUUAUAAAAUAUAGAGCCUGUUUACUCAUUUAUCAGAUAUAGAAUGUUGGUCUAAAAUCGAACACAUUAACCCCAAUUCACACUCCCAAGUCUCUUUAGGAAAGAUGGUUAUUUGACAGUGAGGAAAAUGAUUUAUAAAAGCCAGUAAUCUCAGGAAUUACAUUUUUUCCCCACAGACCAUAAAAUGGUAUCACAUAGCAAUAACGUAGACCUGAUGAAUAUUUAACAUAUAUAUGAAUGUACAUUUCACUUUAUGGCUGACAAUUAAAAAGUUAUUGUUUGACCAAAGAGUAUACAACUUUGAAACCAUGUAUUGUGUUAUUCAUUAUUCAUUUUAAUAUGUAUUUGUUAGUAACUUCCAUGUACCUGGUAUUAUGGGGGAGAGAGAUAAAUAGGAACUUGGUGAUGUGUUUAUUUCAAAGAUAUUAAGGAAAUAAAUACUGUAACGAUUAAUCAUUGUUCAUUAAAAUCA